AGAGGAGAAAGAAUUGCACCUUGAGGUGUUCCGUAUAGGCAGUCGUACAGUUUUGAAGAUGUGUUCGAUACUUGCACCUACGCUUAUAUCUCAUGAAAAGGGAGAAGGUGCGACUACACAGAAGUUUGGUUAUUGGAUACCAACAUUUUCUUAGACAAGCUAUUCGUUAAGGUUGAGAAAAAGAAAUGAACGUGCACAACUGCUUCAUUAAUUUUGUAUCAAACUGGCUGUAUUUCUUUUUUCUCUUUCUGUUGUUGGUUACAUAGCGUCACCUUUUUCUUCCCUGUCAUUUAUGAUUUAGCUUUAUUUAUUUACUGACAGGCAGUUUUCACUUUUUUCGCUUAUUCACUUUCUAAGCAAAAGCUGUUAUCGCAUGGCAGUUUAGAAAACCAGUCUCCGUGCUUUUGAGGUUAAUAUCUGUUUUAGAAACACCAGCACAUUUCAUAAAGAGUCUUUCAUGUCUUUUUUGUGCAUUUUUUCAGAUCUAGAAUGAGUGAACCUUCAAAAAUUGAAGAUUUAUCAGAUGAUCUAUUUAUGUCUGUUUUGGAAUAUUGUGGCGAUGUAAUCAGUGUGCAUAAGUCAUGGAAUGAUCUUAACCCAAGAAUAAAUUUAAUUUUAAAUGAUCAUCGUCUAAAUUUGCAUAUAGAUCUUCAGAACACAACAGCUGAAACAAAUUAUUAUUAUCUUUCACUUCUGAUGAAAUGUCGCCAUCAACUUAUCUCAUUGAAACCGAAUUUUGACAAUACCAUUCAGUUGUUUUCAACCAUUCAUAAUCUUCAAGAAUUUACUUCACUUCGUUCACUUAUUUUAACAAAUGCACAUUUAAUCGAUCUAAAAUAUGUACUGGAAAAAUCAAAAGAAUUACCAGCGUUAACAAGUCUUAGUCUUGAUACAACUAAAAUUACAAGCAAAACUGCUAUACGUUCACUGUGUAAAAUGUUAUUUGACUCUCCCAGUGUGAAAAUCUUAAAAUUGAAUUUACAUGAAUAUUGGCUGUGUUUUGAUAAGGUAACAACAACAUCAAAUAUUGAACAAUUAAUUUUACAAAAAUGUGAUUUAAACGAUUUAUUCGACUUAUUUCCAUAUGUUCCAAAACUUCGACGGUUAUCUAUUCAUGAAGCACUGAAUGUCCAUCUUAUUACAGACUCUUUACAAUGUUUGUUAUCGUCACUGACAUAUCUUAAUGUCUUUCUUAUAAAUAUUUCAUUUGAUAAACUUAAACUACUACUCAGAUUCGUUCCAAAUAUUCGAACAUUAGUUUUAUUUGGAAAUGUGAACGACAGAAAUUAUCUAAAUAAGUCACAUUGGAAAUCAAUGUUACUACAGUCCUUAAAAACUCUUCGAGUCAAUAUAACCGUAGCAUUAAAACAAGAAUCAAGCGAAAUUAUUGGAAUUGAAACACAGUUUCAAAAAGAGUUUUGGUUAAUGAAAUCUAUUCGUUUUCACAUUUACGCAAACGAAAAAUUAAAUACUGCUAUUAUUAGGACGAGUAACUGA